GGGACCAAAGGGCCCUGUGGCAGCCCGACACCCGAUCUCCUCAUUGGCUCUGGCUUCCUUUUGUCCCAGUAUUUCAUAUCUGACAUAUCCACACACCCUAAAAAAGCACUUGAUGUUGGAGCAGCAAUGGACCUGAGGCUUGCUGUCUGCGUGCUCAGACAUGGGGAAUAAACAGACCAUCUUUACAGCACAGCAGCUAGAUGCUUAUCAGGACUGUACAUAUUUUACAAGAAAAGAAAUUCUCAGACUGUUCGACCGCUAUCGGGAUUUGGCACCGCAGCUCGUUCCUCUUGACUACACCAACCACCCAGAUGUGAAGUUACCAUAUGAGCUGAUUGGCAGCAUGCCAGAACUGAAGGACAACCCAUUUCGCCAGAGGAUCGCUGAGGUUUUUUCUGAGGACGGAGAGGGAAACAUGACAUUGGAUGACUUCUUGGACAUGUUUUCAGUCCUGAGCGAGAUGGCUCCACGUGACCUCAAAGCCUCCUACGCUUUCAAAAUCUAUGACUUCAACAACGAUGAUUUCAUCUGCAAGUCGGACCUGGAGAAGACGCUGAACAGACUGACCCGUAAUGAGCUGACAGAAGACGAGGUGAGGAUGGUGUGUGAGAAGGUGAUCGAUGAGGCUGACCUGGACAACGAUGGACGUCUGUCACUGGAGGACUUCCAGCACAUGAUUGUUCGAGCUCCAGACUUCCUCAGCACCUUCCACAUAAGAAUAUAAAGAAAUGAAGCAAUCGUGCAUUCCUUCAUUGGAAAUAGCACAUAAGGAUGGGCUUGUGAUACUGCAGGGUAUCUGGAAAGUGGACGAAUCCUGACAUCUCAACCAAAAAACACAACUCAUAUGGUCAAUGUCUAGUGUCUUGCUUUUUGUGUUUUAUUUUGUAAAAAGAAAAUCUGUAACCAAAAACAUUCUGAUCAUCAAACAUUUAGCAUCCCGAGUAAAUACUUUACUUUAUUACUCAUCUUUCAUGGUAACAUUAUUGUAAACAGGUUGGAUUUGUGUGACUUGUACCAACACUGUUUUUACUUUUAUUACUGCAAAUGUAGAAAUGGCACCAGUCCUGGUGUGACUGUAGGUCUAUCAGCAGGUGGUGGCAUCAACCAAUCCAUCAAGCCAAGGCUCAUUAGUUAUGACCAUCAACAGUAGAUUUGUGUUUUGUAUCUAAAGGGGUUCAGUUACACCAGACUACAAAAGAAACACAUGCCAGAAUAUUCCAGUGGGUCAUAGCGGGCCAGUAAAAGGAGAGCCAUUUGUCAUGAAAGCUCAUUGUGGGAGCACAGGGGUGAACUGACGGUGUAGUUUCCUCUGACAGCCAAUAAAAAGACAGUGAAUGUGAA